AUGUCUGCAGAGGUGGCCAUACAGCCCCUGGAGGAUGUUAGCCCCCAAAUGAUGUGCUCCAGUCCCCAACCCAGUCCACAGCCCCAGGCCAAAGUGCUCAGGGAGGACCUCCUAAAGAUCCUGGACCCUUCACGGAAGAAGCUGUCAUCAUUGGAGACGCAGCGCAUCGCAGGGGUGCUGGAAGACUGCAUCGCCAGGGUGGAGACGGUAGCCUUGCUGCCGGCUGUGCUGGCCCUCCUGGGAGGGCUGUCUGUGGGGUUGGAGUUGGAGGGGGCCUUACAGGAGCACCAGCACCUUGGAGAGAGGCUGGUGGGCCUGGGGCAGAAGCUGGUUGAGGGGGAGACAGGGGAGAGAGCGAGAGCAGAGUUAGAAAGGGCCAUCCCCAGCUCACUGAGGAACGUGCUCAGACUGCUGAGAGCUCAUCCAGCCGCAACCCGUACCCUGAGUAGUGAGGCAGAGGGAGGGGGGCAGGGGGUGAGUGAAGGGGUGCGAGGGCUGGUAGGGGGGCUGCAGGAGUUGCGGGGGGUGCUGUUAGAGAAACUGCUGACAAGCCCGGCCGAGGAACGUCAAAGAACACGCUACAUGCAGGAGGUUUCGCUGCGCCAUGGCAACAACAUGGAGCUGGUUGCUACACUGGAGGCGGAAGUCGCUGCCGCCAUCAAAGACAGAGAUGCUGAGACCUCUAAGAAAAAUGAGGUGAUCAGGAAGUUGAAGAGCUCUCUGCACCAGAUGGAGAAGAUCUCUGAGGACUUUGUGUUGCGGACACAGCAGGAUGCCGACAAGCAGAACCAAUCAGACGCUAAGACCUCAGAGGGGAGGCGGGCCCGCAUGCAGCAGGAAGCCAAUCAGCUGAGAGUUCAGCUUAACAACCUGAUUUCUGAGAACCGCGAGGUAGAGACUUCGCUCCGCAAGAAAAAAUAUAAAGUGGAGACAGAAAUAGAGAACUGGAUCCAGAAGUAUGAUGCUGAUAUGGGAGAGAAACAGUUUGAGCUGGAGGACAUGACAAGGGUCUAUGAGGAGGAGAAGGAGGAGCUGAGAGAGCUAGAAGAGGCGUAUGCUGUCCUGGAGCAGGAGUUCAGUCAGAUCCAGGAGGAGCGUCGUUUGGCCGAGGAGAGGAGGGAGGAGGAGCAGAAAGAGCUGGAAAAGAAGAGCUGUGCCGCCACCAUUAUCCAGGCUUACUGGAGGGGCCACCGUGUCCGCAAGGCCAUGAGGGGGAAGGGCAAGAAGGGUAGCAAGGGCAAGAAGGGCAAAGGCAAGAAGGGCAAAUAAGGGCAAAUAACUGUGGAAAACUCGGCCAGACCAGGACAGUCCAUUAUUCCAGCGUGGUUUUUAUAUUUGUGAGAAAGAUGUGGCAGCUCUCCAAAAACACGUCCCAUUUUCCUUUUCUCCUUUUGUACGUUUUCCUUUUAGG